AUGGUCCAGGCAGUGCGGACUCAGCCAGCCUCGAAGCUGGCAAACCCAGGAGACACCGUGCAGAUCACCUGCUCCGGGAGUAGCAGUGGCUAUGGCUGGUUCCAGCAGAAGGCCCCUGGCAGUGACCUUGUCACCGUGAUCUACAACAACAACCAGAGACCCUCAGGCAUCCCUUCACGAUUCUCUGGUUCCAAAUCUGGCUCCACAGCCACGUUAACCAUCACUGGGGUCCAAGCCGAGGACGAGGCCGUCUAUUACUGUGGUGGCUACGACAGCAGCUGGAGCUCCCUGGUCCAGGCAGCAGUGUCUCAGCUGGCCUCGAAGUUGGCGAACCUGGGAGACACCGUGCAGAUCACCUGCUCCAGGGGUAGCGCUGCCAGCAGUGGCAAAUAUUGGUACAGCUGGUACCAGCAGAAGACCCCUGGCAGUGCCUCUGUCACCGUGAUCUAUAGUGACAACAAGAGACCCUCGGGCAUCCCUUCACGAUUCUCUGGUUCCACAUCUGGCUCCACAAACACAUUAACCAUCACCGGUGUCCAAGCUGAGGACGAGGCCGUCUAUUACUGUGGUUCCCUGGUCCAGGCAGCGAUUACUCAGCCGGCCUCAAAGUCGGUGAACCCGGGAGACACCGUGCAGAUCACCUGCUCUGGGAGCAGCGGUAGCUAUGGCUGGUACCAGCAGAAGACCCCUGGCACUGUCCCUGUCACCGUGAUCUAUGACAACACCAAGAGACCCUCGGGCAUCCCUUCGUGA